CCCGCCCAGCCAGGAUGACGCUCUGCGGGACCUUCCUGGAAAAUGAGUUCCGGGGUGAGCUGCUGAGUCAGAGGUGGACACAAGGAGACAAAGCCAGCAACUGCAGGACCUCGAGGCUCCUCCUGGGCAGACGUGGCAAGAUGAGCUUAGAAAAUGAAGAUAAGCGGGCUCGCACGCGCUCCAAGGCCCUCCGAGUGCCCCCAGAGCCCACAGGUGCCGACCUCAGCUGCCCCACCCCAGGAUGUACUGGCUCAGGACACAUCCGGGGCAAGUACUCCAGGCACCGCAGUUUGCAGAGCUGCCCUCUGGCCAAGAAGAGGAAGCUGGAGGGGGCCCAGGCCGAGCACCUGGCAUCCACGCGGAAGUCCCACCCCCUGAAGCUGGCUCUGGACGAGGGCUACAGCGUGGACACCGAUGGCAGCGAGGACGCCGAGGUGAAGGACGCCUCUGUUUCAGAUGAAUCGGAAGGAACUCUGGAGGAGGACGAGGCUGAAAUGUCAGGACAGGAGGAGAUUCAUCGUCCUGAGCCAGCUGAAGGAAGGGCCCCUGUCAAGCCCCACUUCGGACCCAAGCCCAUCAGCAGCUCCGCGGGCCCCGCCAAGGGCAGCUACAGCAGCUACCAGGAGAUCAUCGCCACUUCUCUCUUAAACUUGGGCCAAAUCGCUGUAGAUACCCUAGUUGGGGAGGACUUGGGCCAGGUGGCCAAGCCGGGCCCAGGUGUUGUGCACCUGGUUCAGGAGGAGGCUGAGGAAGGGGCCACCAGUGAUGAGGGGGAGAAGGACGUGUUCCUCCCCCCAGAGGAUACAGAGGAAGUCGCGGGAGUCACCAGGGAGCGCUCCCAGGAGCUCUGCCCCCAGUCCGUGGAGGGUGUGGCCAGUGAGGAGUCCAGCAAGAUGAAAGUCGCCCUGGGUAAUGAGGAGGAGGAAGAAGAGGAGGAGGAGGAGGAGGAGGAGGAGGAGGAGGAGGAGGAGGGGGAGGAGGAGGAGGAAGAGGAGGAGGAAGAGGAGGAGGAGGAAGAGGAGGAAGAGGAGGAGGAGGAGGAGGUAGCCGCUCCUGAGGUCAUCUGCCAGGAGGAUGCCCCCCUUGCCCCCACCCAGAAGGCCCCCGAACUCCGGCAUCCGGCCUCUCCCAGCCCCAAGCCCGAGUACUCUGUCAUAGUGGAGGUGCACUCUGAUGACGGCAAGGACGAAGACUCGCGCUCCCAGAAGUCUGCGGUCACGGACGAGUCGGAGAUGUAUGACAUGAUGACACGUGGGAACCUGGGCCUCCUGGAGCAGGCUAUUGCCCUGAAGGCUGAGCAGGUACAAGCCGUCUGCGAGCCAGGCUGCCCACCCACCGAGCAGGGCCAGCUGGGCCCCGGUGAGCCUGGGAAGGCGGUGAGGCCCCUGGAUGCUGCCCGGAAGAACUACUGCAGCAAAGAUCCCUCAAGAGCUGAGAAGCGCGAGAUCAAGUGUCCAACACCAGGCUGUGACGGCACGGGCCACGUUACAGGGCUGUACCCUCACCACCGAAGCCUGUCUGGUUGCCCCCACAAGGACAGGAUCCCCCCGGAGAUCUUGGCUAUGCAUGAGAAUGUGCUCAAGUGCCCGACUCCUGGUUGUACAGGCCAAGGCCACGUGAACAGCAACCGCAACACGCACAGAAGUUUGUCUGGGUGUCCCAUCGCUGCUGCUGAAAAAUUAGCCAAAUCUCAUGAGAAGCAACAGCCUCAAACGGGAGAUCCUUCCAAGAAUAGCUCCAAUUCAGACAGGAUCCUCAGGCACAGCCCCUGCACUUCAUCCUCCUCUGCAGGCUUCGACUACGCGCAUGAUGCCGAGGCUGCACACAUGGCCGCCACAGCCAUCCUGAACCUCUCCACACGCUGCUGGGAAAUGCCCGAGAACCUUAGCACGAAGCCACAGGACCUGCCCAGCAAGUGGCUCACGAUGACCAGAGAGGUUGGAUGA